AACAACGGACACUCGAGUAUGGUGAUCUCAUUCUCACCCAUUCAACAUGACUCAUCCAAAGAGUUUGUCGAGUAUCCAUAUGUUUGAGGAUAAUGAGCCACGACCUGCAACAUCUUUCCCUUGCUUGAGUUAGGCAUCAUACCGAAACACAUGAUUCAUGACUCUGUUGAAAAGGUAAGGGGCAUUCGAUACCGCCUUGUGAAGGCCAUAGCGUUGUAGGUUGAAUUUGGGAUGAAAUAAUCUUGCAUCAUGUGCUUGUGGUCGUCUUCCUUGUUACAUCUCACUGAUUUUCGUGUUGAUGAACUGCCGCAAGAUGAAGUUGCUUAAUGGCGGUGAGGAUGGUUUGCAUACAUGAUGAACAUUUCUAUACGAUCACGCUCAAGUUGGCACUCAUACUCUCAUUGUCUAGCAAAUUAAAGGCUUAAGAUUUUUAAAUUCUUCGAUUCCAAUGAAAAUCAAUUGAUAACACCUAAAAUAUGUGCUAUUUGGCCCCUAUUUGACAAAAAAAAUCGCGACCAUGAUCUCACGAUGGAGGCCGCGAUCUUAGAACUUGAAGAUUACGUCAAAACGUAAAUUUUUUAGAGAUUCGAUGUCGUUUUAGGCUGGUCAUGCCCCCAUUAGGUCACGCCCUCGAGGCUAUAAUCAGUGACAUGACACUAUAGAUACCCAUUUUUUGCACUUAACAAAGAAGAGUCAGCUUUGAGAGAGAAAAUAAGGAUAUUUGGGUAGUUUUAGAGAGAGAAAUACCUUAGGAGAGGUUAUAGGAAGAUCCAAUCCACCCAAUGAGUAAGGAGAAGGUGCGAUCGAAAGAGAAGAAGAUGGUUACCAACACUACCCCCCCCCCCCCCCCCCCCCCCCCCCCCCCCGGUUUGUAUUUUCUUUCUCUCUUUAUGACUUGAAUCCCUAAGGUUGUUUAUGGAAGAUGAACCCAUAGAUCGUGUAUGGGUCUUAUGUAUGAAUGAUUUUGAGCCUAUAAUCUAUGUCUAUUUGAUGUUUGUGCAUAAAACUCUUGAUUGAUUGAGAUUGAUUUGUUCUUAACCUAGGUGAUAGUUCAAUCACCUUAGGUCAAAGGGUGAUCUAGACAUCAAAUAGUCUAGGAUUUUGUGUAUCCCAUUUGCCUUAGUUGCAACUUAGAUAAUAGGAAAAUUAUCAUUACUUUACACAUGGAUUUAUGGUGUAUUUGAGUUUGACUAGGGUGCUUAAAGCUUCUAAUUAGGAUUAGAUGGGUGUGAAUGCCGCUUACCUUGAUUAGUCGACCUAGAAGGCUAGCUAGAGAUUGAGGUGACCGUCCCCUUCUAGUUAGAGUCUCACCUAGUCAAGGGAGAAGGGAGAAAGUUCAAGCAAGAAUGAAGAGAAGUUUCAUCUCACUUGAUCACCAAAUGCCAAAACCACGGUGGACUUAGCCAUAGAGCGCUUCGUGAUAGGGAUCGAGUACACAGAUACUAGUGCUCCUAACCUUGCUCCGGGUUGCUUCUACAUAAGGUUUGAAAUUGAAGCAGAGGACAAACGACGCAAGAUGAUGGAAAAUCAAGAGGAGCACGAUGGUCAACCUAACGAAGAUCUUGCUAAUGACCACAUUCGUACACCUAUUGAACCAGAAGAGGAAGUAAAAGAGAUGGGAGCAUAAAUGAGGUCAAUGAGGGUGAAGAGUUGAGCUAAGAGGAUGAUGAGGUUGAAUACCAAAUUGAGGAGGACACCAAGAAAGAAGAGAGGGAGGAGGUUGAAGAAGAGGAUGAAGAUGAUUUGGGGUUCAUCAACGCUAGGAUGCUCGAAGAGGCCAUUUACUUUGACCACGAAAGGUCACCCGACCUUGAAGGACUCCCUGCAUCGGAUCCUUUUUCAACAACUCUUUGGCGAGACGAGGCCAUGGUAUCAUUAAUCCCUCUUGGUGGAUCUGAUAAUGACCCUUCGAGGAUGCUUGAUUUGGUUCGAAGUAUAGAGAUGAAAAAGAGAAGUGAAGUGAGGUUCAAUUGGUGGUGUCUCAAACAUUCUCUUCUACAUGAGCCUUCACCGAAUGAUUGGAAGACCGAUAAAGACUUGAGACUCAAUUUUUACGAUGAGAACCUCAAUCUCAAGGAGGUUUUAAGUUGGACUGAGAACUUAAGGCAAGCAUUUGAUGAUAAGACAUGAAAGACACGCUAGUUGGAAGGCACCCCAACAUCAGUUUGACUUUUCUUCUCAUUACCUUUGAAUAAAGAACUUACUUGAUUGAAUCUUGUUUUUAUAAUUAUUUGUAGUGGAGUGAUAGUGAAUGACCUUGAUAGUUAAGAAUGAAUUUUAAUGGAAUAUGGUGAAAUGUUGAAAUGUUGUUGUUGUUGAGAAAUCGUGCUAGCCUACUAACUAAGCUACUUAGGUCUAGGGAACGGCAUGGCUAGUGCAAUAGGUGCUUGGAUACCUUGGUGGGUUUGAAUUUCAUGAGUUUAUGAAGUUUUAAUGUCUUCCAUCAAGUGCUCGGUGAACUUUAACUUGUAUUUCUUGAUCAAUUGCUUAUCAAUUGAACUUUAUUUAUUAAAGAUAGACCCUUAGGAGUGUGUUUAUGACUUGAGAUUGAAUCUUUGAUGGAUGAUAUUUGAGUUUGCGACUUCGGAUCAUUUUUCAAUUUUUGCUUUGACAUGCUUCUAGAGCCGUGAGUUCAAACUUUGGUUGUUGUCUAAUGAGUUCAUUCUAGCCUUCGAGCGAGGUAUAGAAACAUCUAAAAGACAAGGUGUCCCUGUUUUCAUGCAUUUAGACCACGACCCUAGUCAUUACAACAUGUGUUUCCACCUAUGCACCUCUAGUUUCUACAUUGUAACAAUUAAGUGUGGGGGUGUAUAGAGUGAACCUAAGGAUGGAUUUUGUUGUUUCAAUUUAUCAAGUGUGUUGCUUAAUGGUUUGUUUGGACAUCUAUUGUGCUUUUUCUCUUAUUUAGUCAAAUUGAUCGAGGAUAAAGGGGCUUGUGGAGGGCUCUAAUCCUAAGUAUCACACACGAAGAAACUGAACCCGCCCUCGACAAGAAGAACCACAAAUCCAAGAAGAACAACCAUAACCUCAAGUCGAGGAGCAACCACAAGAAGAACAAUACCAACAACUAGAAGUGCCAUCUAGAAGGCCGAGAGAUCAAGUUCAAAAGGGGAUUUCUUGGUUUUGGGAGGACCAUUUCUUUACCUUUUUCUCGUUUCUAUAAUUUAAAUAAUGAUAUAUGUAGGAUGUUAGUAGUAUGUAUGUUUUUUCUAUUUUAGUACUUAGUAUAAAUUCUACUUAUAUUAAUUAGUACAUGUGUUGUUUAAUUUAUCUUUUCGUGGAUGUGAUUGAUCUUUUUCUUAGUUAUUUUUCUCGUGGAUGUUUCUCAGCAAUUGAUCCCACCCGCCCAACCCUUCGAUCCUACAAUCAACUCAACAUCACCAAAUUAGUAACCUCGUUCCCAUAUCCUUCGUUGGUGCUCACAUUGAGGACAAUGUGUUCCUUAUGUGUGGGGAUUGCGCAUUAAUGCUUAUGGAAUGCUUGUUAUCGAUUGAUCUUUCUUAUGCUAUGAAUAUUUGAACGAGAGAGAGUGUGCUUUUAGAGUGAUUGUGGAUAAUAAUCUAGCACAACUUGACCACUUGGAGCUUUGCAUGCCCCCUUUUUUUUAAAUUUGAGGGCUCCAAGUUGGCUCCUUUGCUUGCAACGUGAUUACUUGCUUUGGAUCGUUGAAUCUUGCUCCCAAUUAUCUCGACCAAUGUUGAUGAUCGUAAUGCGUGGUAUGUCUUGAGUCGAAGUGGUUGUGUUUGAUUUCUUAAUGUAUGUGGGUAUGUGUGUUUGAAAAAUGAUUAAUGAUAGGUUUGAAUGUGAGUGAACCCUAGUUAUCUUGGUUAGGCCAUCGGAAAGGUGCUUGGUUUCGUGCUUUCUUGCAACAAGCGUACAAAAAGAAGAGAAAAGAGAGAAUAAAGUGGGGUGUAACGU